AGUCACAGAAGUGUUCGUUAGUUUGGGUCCCCCUGCGUCAUUGAAGUGUUCCUCGAAAUUGAGCGGGGUUUCCCAUUGUUCAGUACGUAUUUGUAAUAUGUAUAUAAUGAGAAACUUAAUUUAAUAGUAAAACACACAAAGCUGUGUAUUUUCUGAGAUCUAGUGGCAGGAAGGAAUUAUAAAAUAUUGUAAAUGGCUCGCAUAUUCCAAUAUGUACGUCCUGUUGAUGCUGUCCUGACAUCUGUAACUUUGGGCACAAGACCAGAUCAUUCUGAAAAUGGAAUAAGGAUUAAAGAAGAACCACCAGAUCUAGAUUACGAUGAUUUGAAUUAUUUAUUAACUGACGCGAAUACAACAGCUCAAAAUGUAUCCACGAAAUCUAAACAAAAUCAUUUAGAUGUUGUUAAUAAUGAGAAUAAUGAACGCAUUCUACGUCCAAGAUCCGUCUGUUCCAACAAAGACAGUUCAUAUUUUACUAGAAAAAAACGUAAACGCGCCUUAAACGAUUCCUCAGAAUUGGAGGAUUCUCAGCCAGCGAAGAAACCUAGAUUAUAUUUACGCGAUAUUCUACCUUUGCAAAUGGAAGAUAAUUUAAUGAUACCAACAAGAACAUGUAAAAUAUGCUUUGUAUCUUUCAAGACGGUCCAGUCAUUAAGCGUUCAUUCAAAAAUAUACAACACUAUAUUGAUAUGCGAAAUUUGCAAUACACCGUUCAAUUCGCGUCCGCAAUUGCAGAGACAUAUAUCGUGUCACUUUCAUGCAACGUAUAUAUGUUCCAGAAAGAGUAUUAGGUGUUGGUUCUGUAAUCGAUCAUUCUGCGAAAAGAAACGCCUACAAAUGCAUCUAUUUCAUUGCCAUCGAACUUUACUGGAAGAUGAAUACUCUUUACAAACUGAUAUUGACAAAAUUCUAGAAAAUAUGGAACAUCUUUGCAGAGUUAAAAGACAUUCGCACAUAAGUAAUAGUAGUACAGGAGUAACCAUGGAUACUGACAAAAUCGAGAAAAAUACAUGCAGAGAGGACACUAAUAUACCUGUAACCAGGAAUUCUGAUAAAGUCAGAAGAAAUAUGGAGACCUCCAUGACAUCCGUAAUCAAUGAUGUCAAAAGAAAUACACCCAUGGAGGAGGAUUCUACGAUGCCUGCAACCAACAAAAUUGACCAAACGAAAAAUAAUAAACGCGUGGAUGAUGCUAUGGUACGUAUACCCCGUGAUGCUAUCAAAAUCGAAAAAGAUACAUGGGAGGUGGAUGCUACGAUAUCUGUAACCGACGAUGUUGAAGUACUCGAUGACACUAGAGUUACAGCAUUAGAAGACAUUUUGAACAUCAUUGGUGUAGUCGGCGAUACCGAAAAUAGUGCACCAAUAGAGGACAGUGCGAACCGUAUAAUCAACGAUGCUGACAAAAUCGAAGAAAAUAGACGCAUGGAGGACAGUAUGGAAGCCGUUCGUGCAACCAACGAUAUUACGAACAUGGCUGCUGUACAGCCAUGUUCGAACAAUGAUGCUGCGAGCGUGGCUGGUGGUACCAACUACGCCGCAGAUAUCAUUGGUGGAACCAGUGACAUUACGAACACGGUUAAUGUCACCAAUGAUGUCGAUAAAAUUAAGGAAAGUGCGACCUGUGUAACGGAUAGUGUAACACAGAAUGUUGAUCAAGUUGAAAAAAAUACACCAGUAGAAGGAAGUGCGAACCAUGUGAUUAGUGAUAAUAUAAAAAUUGAAUUAAAUACAUCAACAAACGAAAUUACGGACAGUGUAAUCAAUGAUGUUGACCAGAUCAGUCAAAAUACAGCGACGGAAGCCAGUGAAAGCCGUGUAACAACGAAUAUUAAUAAAACACAACGAAAUGUACCAACAGUGAAAAGUGUAGGUCAUGAAAAGAAAGUUGUUCAGAAAACUAGACAAAGUCAAAAGCCAAUAGCUAGUACCAAUUCACCAACAAAGUUGAACACUUCAAGUCCAGGUAAGAAAAAGAUGAGGCAGACUACUCUUACGGAGUUCCUUUCAUUCUCUAAUAAGAGUUUUAAGGAAGACGACAUUAAAUUAGAGAAAGUCGAUACUCCGCAAGAAAGUUGUGAUUCGAGUGGUCGAAAUGCAUCAAGAAACUUGACAUUUGGCCGUACUUCAACGCCAAUACCCAACUCAACUGCGGUUAAUUUUUCUACCCCUAACACGCCGUUGCUGAAAAUGCAUAUAAGUCCUAACUCGCUACUUGGUUUAUUGAAUGAUGAAAUAAAAAGUGAACCUGUCGAUUCUUUCAAUUCGGCCGUUGCACAGAAUUCACCUUAUAAUUUCAGAAAGUCAACACAUGAUUCCCGUCGAUCAUCUGUUGAUUCUCGUGACGCGACUCCUUCCAGUGUAGCUAGUAGGAGAUUGAGAUCUUCUAAUAUAUCAAAACAGACAAAAAGAACAACGACGCCACUGGAAGAAAGGUGGAAGAAUAAAUAUAAGUGUAAGGAGUGUGUAGUUCGUUUAGAGAGAUGCGAUUAUGUUUCUAAACGAGUGCUUUUGAAGACUGAUAGAUCCGAAAGUAUCAUCCCUUUGCAGUUGACAAUAGGAUCAGCCGAAGGAACCGCUCGAAACGGUCAUGUAAUCAAACCCAGCAAUCCAAGAAUUCGAAUAGUAAAUUUCGAUAAUUGCAUCGUUGUCGAACUGCUGGAAUCAAAAUAAAAGAUAUUUUAAACUCCUUGGAAUCAGACAUUUCGUUCCUUAUUAUUUAAGGACACUUCUGUCUCUGAGAAUGAAGAUUCAACAGGCAUUCUGUCUGCUUCUCUGACUGACUCAACUAAAUUAUAAUAAAUAGUUACGGUAGUCAUAUGAAAAGAGAAUACCAUGUGGAUUGCUUAUGCAAUAGGUAUGGGUUCGAAUGCCAGUUCAGCACUCCGGUAGAUUAAAUGCUUUUCUGCUUUUAAGUUUUUUAAUGGAUUGGAGUUCAUUAUAGUUAUAGAGUUUCGUGUGGUUAUAUUUGAAGCUAUAAGUGGUAUGGCGCAGAAUUUAGAAAGCUUGAAGAAACAAAGGAGUAACGAAUGCACUAUAACAUCUGCUGUUCACGGAAGAAAUCUCUUCCACCAUUUCCUUUUCCCUUCACUUUUUUCAACACGAUCAUAGAUAUGAUGCUGCGCGUGGAUUCUGUUUUUGGACUUCCGGUGAAGACCCUGAAGAACUGAGGCAGGACUGUCCAGAGAAGAAGAUUUUUAAACGCUUCCGUUUUCUUCCUUGUGUUAAUAUACAUGGGGUAUUCAUGGGGUACCGAUUGACCCUAUAUGUAAAUUUGUAGAGCAAAGAAUAAAGGGGGUGUAAAAUGGCCGAUUCCAAGAAAGUUUCUUGCAGGCUGUUGUUGACAGCACUGCCUUAUGUUACUGUUGCGAACAAAAUGGCAGGACGUUCAUAUGUUAUUCUAUUUUUAGUAACGAUAUAGUAAUACUCUUGAUUAGAUGCUCGAAUUUCUUUUAUAUUUAUGCUUGCUAAGCAGGUAUUCAAAAUUGAAACAUACAAUAAUGCAUGGUAACAGGAUACAUCAUCCUCAGUAAUAAUUGUAACAAUAAAAUUCAUUUAAAAUACGGGUGUUAUUUAUUUUAAUUAAUGUUAAUUGAUCGAGUUAUCACGAGAGAGUUAACCUCAUAAUGUGAUGUUUAAAAGACGGAGAGAUGGUUUUAAAAAGGUUAUUUAUGUUAGCCUAAGUUUUUAUGCCCGUUGAACAUUACAUUUUAUUAUAUGCCAUUAUAGUGGCUUUAUAAUGGAAAAUGAAACGAUACCAUUUGUAGGUUAUUAGCUUAUCGUACAUGUUAUUAUAAAGGUACACGAUCAGGCAUAUUUUUAUUAAGUCUUGCGUCAUGUCGUGGCGCCAAUUAUAUAAUAAAUAUUUUUAAUAACGAAACCUUUUUAGUUUAUACCAACUUCAUAUUUCCUGUCCUACAUGAAGUGAUUGUUAUCUGAAAAAUGAUAGUGACGCCAGGAUUCCAUCCAUAUUAAUAUGGGUAAACCAGUUGGGCUAAGAUUCACUGGUAUAUCUGGCAUAAUUAUAAAAGUCCUACCGAUUUAAGGACCUAUUUUGGUUAAGGCAGAACUAUUAUUUAAAUUGUUAAGUUUAUGCUUCGCAGAUCUUACUCUCUAACUUUCGUUCUUGAAUGGUUGUCUGUGUUGGGCACUCUAACAUGAUAGACUUCAUUUGUACUGUAACGGUACUAUUCCUAUUCAUAAUUGCCUUCAAUUCCCUUCUUUCCCCAUUGCCCUUUCCACAUACCAUGUGGUCGGUUAGGGUAUUCCACCCAGAAUAGGACUUCCAAGUUGAACCCUGAUUCAUGUUCCUCGUUUGUUCUUCAUAUAACCUUCUUUAACUUCCUUCAUUGUGGGUACUGUCUUCGGAUACCAUGUGAUUGACCCAGGUUCCCCAUUUUUCACAUAGCCCCCCGUUGUUGAAUGUGCGGAACCAGGGUCCUGGUAUACCGAAAAGCACCCUGAUUCAUGCUCCAUUUGUGGAAUCUGUAACAUAUACACGUGUGUUCAUACACACCCCAACACGCGCCUGGACUAAAAUUGUUAUUCCUAAGCUCCGUAUAUUUCGGUAACAAACUGAAUAAUUAUGUAUGUGUUUAAUAAAUAUUGUAAACGCCUAA